AUGGUGGAAGACACCAGCCACACACUAGAGGAUCAAGAGAGUCAGGGGGCAGAGAGUCAGACUUUCAAAACAGCGGCUGAGGGCGAUGAAGUGAAGAAAAGCCUUACUGACAUUCUGGACGUUGACUCCUUGUACACGAGACCUCUCAAAAAUCGAGUCAAAAUGUUUGGUUCCUCAAGUAAAGAAAAUGUUGGGAUAGAAAAUGUGAAAAGCAAUACUAUCACCAGAGAAGUGACCAACACCAUGAAGUCAGAAGAUGGCAUCUUUGGCUCUGUAGAAGAGCCAAAUCAAAGGGUCGCUGGAAGUCUGAUGUACAAGGAACCACAGAAGAAGAACUCUCAGUUGGGAGAUCAGCGCCUGGAUGUAUCAUCAUCUGAAACGAACAUGUAUGGCUACAUUAUGACCCAGCAAAAUCUCUUCUGGUCAAAGGUGACAACCCAGUUGGGAACUUUAACUCAGCCGCUAUUAAUGAACUCUAUUACUGAUGCUGCGUUUUUCCAUCUCAACAGCCCCCUGAGUUCUGAGAAAGGCUUGGAAUUAAUGGAAUAUUUGGCACAUCUUCUGAAGCUGCAAAUGAGUGUCUUUGAAGAUAUCAGUUUGAAAGAAUUUACAGAAACCACAAUAUCGAACGACAACUUGGCCAAUAAUCCCUCAACAGCAAAAAAUAAAAAUACUCCACAGCGUAAAGUAAAAAUUCAGGAAAUUGUGGGGCCUAAAUUAGAGUUGGCAUUAAAAUUUUUAGAAUAUAUACUGACUAAUAUCAUGACUCGGGAGUGCUUCUUAAAUUCAUCACAGAAAAAGUUGAACCAGCUUUUGAAGGCCUUGGGAGCAGUCAAGGAGCUCCUAACUUCCUUCUUGAACACUUCAGAACUGAUGCUUCAUAAUAUAGGUGUGAAUACAGCUCUGAAGGCUUUCAGCUUAUAUUGUCGACUGACAAUUCAUUUUCAAAACAAGUUCUGUGCAGAUGGUAGAACUUAUCUUUUGGAUCUCGAAAGUAAUGCAGACUGGAUAGAUGAAGUUGUGUUGCAAUUUCUGCACAUUCCAGGAAAGGAGAUAGAGGUUUCAGAGCAUCAGGGUGAGAUUGCAAGACAAAUAGUUGAUGUGUAUCUCUCAGUUUGUAAGGAUAUUGUCAUGGUUGGUGUAUCUGAUGCAGAAUUCCAAGCUCAGUUACUCGGCUUUGGCCUUGCUGUAAUGCAGUCAGAGAAAGGAGUCUUCAGUUUACCAAUACUGAUAUCCAUUCUGAAAGAAAUUACAGUGAACUGCCUAUCUCAGAAUAUCUACAGUAUCAGUGAGAAAGCUAAUAAAAUACUUGACAUUAUCCAGAAAGUGUUCCACAAAAUUUUGGAAAUUCUGGCUCGUUGUUCAAGGAAGAACCAGGAAGAAACCCUGCAGAAAUCUGAUCCAGAAGAUGUUGUUCCACCUGAGACCACUGAUGAUCUGCCACUACUUUCAAGCUACUUUCUGGCCAUUAAUGCUGAUAUAAUUCGACUCUGGCACUUCCAUCAAGCUUUGCAAAAUUUUGAUUUCAAGUCUGAAGACAGCAAUGAGGUGAAAAAUACUUUGCUUCAGUGUUUCAUGAGUGUUGCCUUCAUAAAAAAAGAAGAGGGAAGGCGAUUUUUAAGUUUUUUGUUUAGCUGGGAUGUAGAAUUCAUCAAGAUGAUCCAUGACACCAUUAAGAACCAGCUGCACUUCUUUCCUAAAUCCAUCAUGACCUAUGUAGCUGAGGUAUAUUUUAGAGCUUGGAAAAGGGCAUCUGGAAUGUUUCUGAAGACCAUUGAAUAUAAUUGUAUCCAGGAUGUUAUGCAUCAUGGGGUUCACCUUCCAAGGAAUUCCCCAGUCCAUUCGAAAGUGCGGGAGUUGUUAAGUUACUUCCAUCAACAAAAACUACGACAGGGGGUUGAUGAAAUGUUGCAUCGUUUGUACCAGCCUAUUCUAUGGAGAGGACUGAAGGCCAGAAAUUCUGAAGUGAGAGCAAAUGCUGCAAUUCUUUUUAUCGAAGCAUUUCCAAUAAGAGACCCUGGACUUGCCAAUGAAGAAGUAGAUGUUCAAAUUCAAAGGCAAUUUGAAGAAAUUUUUAAUCUUUUGGAAGAUCCUCAACCUCUGGUUCGUUCUACUGGUGUGCUUGGUGUGUGUAGGAUUGCUGCAAAAUACUGGGAGAUGAUUCCCCCUGCUAUUCUUACUGACCUUCUUACCACUGUGCUCUGUGAGCUCUCUGCUGAUACGAGCUCUGCUGAUGUUCGCUGUUCUGUCUUUAAGUGUUUACCAGUUACUUUGGAUAACAGAAUGAGCCAUCCUUUGUUGGAGCAGCUUCUUCCUGGACUGAAAAACAGUCUCCAUGACAAUUCAGAAAAAGUCAGAGUAGCCUUUGUUGAUAUGCUGCUGAAAAUUAAAGCUGCUAGAGCUGCAAAGUUUUGGAAAGUAUGUCCUAUGGAGCAUCUUCUGGCUCGCUUGGAACUUGAUUCUCGACCAGUCGCAAGACGAAUUGUUAACCUGUUGUUUAACUCCUUCUUUCCCGUGAAUCAACCUGAGGAGGUAUGGUGUGAAAGAUGUGUCACGCUUGUACAAAUGAAUCCCAUGGCAGCGAGGAAAUUUUAUCAGUACGCACAUGAGCACACUGCACCAACAAACAUUGCCAAAUUGAUGCUUGUGAUUCGUCGAUGUUUGAAUGCUUGUAUUGCGAGGGAAGUGCAAAAUGAAGAUAGUGGGGAUGAUAAAUACCAAAUGGAAAAUAGCAGCGUGCUGGACAGUGUGCUAUCUGUGAAUGAUGGUGCCACAAUGGCCAGCUUACUGGAAAUUAUUGUCAUUUUAUGGAAGAGCAUCUACAAGGCACUGAAUGAAAAUGAAGAAGCUAACAACUACACAAUUUCCAAGUUUGGAACCGUCCUUCCUGAAUAUUUUAAAACUUUUACAGAUGACCGCUGUACUGUUCCUUUAGUGAUUUUGGCUUCCUUCAUGCCUGCAACAGCAGUUCCUACCUUCAGUUGUGGGGUCCUGUCAAAGCUGAGAAAUUUAGAUGAAGGAGCUGAUGAGAAUAAAUAUUCCGUGUUGAUAGACUGCCUGUGUCAGUGGGGGAAAGUUGGACAUGUGCUUGAGUUGAUCACUGACUGGCUAACAGAUCGACUUCCCCAGAAGGUUGGAAGUAAAGUAAAAAGAACUGCAAUCAAAGAGACAGCAGUAGCCAUUCACACGAAGUUUCAGUGUUAUAAUGGAGUUGCAUCAGGGUUGAGUGACAUUGAAAGAGCCUUGUACACAUCUUCAAAGAAGCAUCUGGAAGAUCUGUUACAUCUGUAAACUAUCAUAGGUGGGCCAAUGGAUUCUUUCCAUUUUUUACAAUUUACACUUUCAAUGUGAAAGAAAGUUGUUGCAAUAAAGCAGCAAAACAUUUCAUUUUUUUUAAAAGUUCUUUGCAAUAUGUAUUGUACAAACAUAUUUCUAUUUGUACCUAUAUUCUAAUGUAAUUUAAAAUUGUAUUUGUAAUGUUUUGUGUUGUAAUAUGGUUGCUUACACUUUCCAAUUCAUUCUAAUUGCUACAAGGUGAAAGUAUAUGUAAAACUCUUCUCUCCCUUCUUUAAAAAAAGGAAUCUGUUUUCUUAUAUUUUUUGAAAUAUUGAAAAUAAUGACAUUUUGUACUUUGUUUCUGGAUUGCAAGCGUUUGCCAGGAGAUGUCACUGAAACAUGCCAUAGUGUUAUAGUAAAAACUGUAAUGUAUAAUGAAAGGCUUUGUAUUCAAACAAAAUUGCAUUGCUGAUGUUUAACAAUCUAUUUUUGCAAAAUGAAUUAUCUUAUGUUAAUUGAACUGAAUAAUGUAAAAAGUAUUGGUGUAUAUGUAAUAAAGCUUGUAGUGUUUAGAUUUA